CUCUUUAAAUACUGUAGGCAGUGCUGUGGGCCUGUGUAGAGCGCUCCCAGUUCUGUCUUCUCAGUGAUGUGGAUGUGGAUGUGUGCAGGCAGCUGCGGGGUUGUCUAGCAUGCACUUAGGAUCCCGAGAAAGGGACAGAUCUUUUCCCAAGACCGGCUACAUCAGAAGUGUGGAGAUCGCAUCUGACCUGAUUAGUUUGUAGGAUCCCUUGUCGAGAUGGUUUUUUAAAGACUUUACCAACACCACAGCCCCCGUGUUUUUUCCAAGCAGGACAGUGAGUGAGGGUCUUUAUAAAAAUAAUUUUUCGUAUUGCCGGUGUGUCUCUGCAGCACCCAGUCAUCGCUGUAUUAAAGCAGAGCAGAAGGGGAGCGUACAGUACAGCUCACCGGGAUUGAACAGCGCUGUGCGAGCAAGCGGUCUCUGAUGUGAAAUAAGUAGAAUUAACCGCGAUGUGAAAAUGGGAACGGGAGUCGGGGAUCUGAGAAGCGCCCCAUCGUUGUUCUCACAUUAAGAAAGAAAGCACCAAGAUUACAGGAAAGACAGUAAGACGGAGGGGCAUUUUCAAACUGAUGCCUGUAAGCUUUGUCCGCUUCAAGGUUCCUGAGUUAGUACUGCACAGCCUUUCUAACUGAACUGUUCGCUGCCGGAGAAAUGUUUUGACAGCAUUGAGGAGAAAGCGGACCAGCAUUUGGUGACUGGAGUUCUGCUCAGUGCUCCCGUUAGAGAGACGGAGCCCUGUCUUUAAAGAGGUGCAACAGUUCUGCGUUACUGUACACUGCCUCUGGAGUGGAUUUUGAAUGUAAUUGAAACAGCAACUAUGCUGAACUCAUCCCCCCCGGCUGAGGCAUCCUGAAUGGCGUCUUAUUAAAACUAAAGGAUAUCAGUCAGCACUUUGUACAUGGGAAUCAGCAUCCGGGUGCGCUGGCAGAGGAGUGCAGACAAAGCCAUUCUCAUUAGAAGGAGGGAAAAAAUGCUCCGAAGGAGCUGUGUCCCUGCCUUGAUAACAGAGCAGGAGCUGCAUCAACUGAUCAUCUUUCAAACCACCGGCGAGCGCUCAUUUUUCACGACAUGAACCCUCCAUCAGCCCUGUCUCCUGGGCUUUCUGCAGGAACUUAAAUAGGGGGGGUGGUUUUCAGACGGAGCGACACAGGAUACAUUUAACCAUGGGAAACAGAUACUAUGCAAACCGCAGAACGACACAGGAGAAAGUGGUCAUCUUUUGAUGUCAACAGAAUUUUCUUCUUUUUUUUUUCCUAAAGCGGAAUACCAAGUGCACAGAGUUUCCGCCGAGCUCUUUGAGUUUUACCUUCUUUUGUUUGUUUGUUUUGUGGGGACUAUCCUUUUAACUGGGCGACAAGUACCUUUUUCACUAGGCUGACUGCUUUAUGUUUGGUCCCAGCAUCCAGAGUUUGAGGGGCAGAGGGGCAAAGGAUGGCUAGGUUACUGCUGAAGCUCCAGCGCUACUUCCGAAGGAAGCCGGUACGCUUCUUCUCCUUCAUCAUUCUGUACUUGACGGCGGGCAGCCUCGUGUUCCUGCACUCUGGCUUUGCCGGGGAGACUGCCGAGGCCAGUAAGGGGCCAGCGGCUGGAGAGACAGCAAACGGACCUGAUGCACAGAACCUGGGCCUCAUUGGUAGGGUCUUCAAGGAGACCCAGAGACCGCCAAGGCGGUAUAGCCCACCCUGGUUGAAGCCAGCUUCCCUGGAUGCUCCAGAAAGAGGGAGAGGAGGGGACUAUGCCAACAGGUGGAACCGGGCACUCAAAGGAAGGAAUACGAAGGAUCUGGAGGAAAGCAGAGCAAAAUAUAUUGGCUGUUAUACUGAUGAUACACAAAAGAGAGCACUCAGGGGAGCUUCUUUUUUUGACUACAGGAAAAUGACGGUUUUUCGUUGCCAGGACAACUGUGCUGAAAGAGGCUACAUGUACGCUGGGUUGGAGUUUGGGGCCGAGUGUUACUGUGGGCACAAGAUCCAGGCGCCCAACGCCAGCGAAAGUGAUUGUAACAUGGAGUGUAAGGGCGAGAAGACCAACACCUGUGGAGGGGCGAACCGUCUCUCCAUCUACAGGCUGGAGCUGAGCCAGGAGUCAGCCCGGCGGUAUGGGAGUGCAAUCUUUAAGGGGUGUUUCAGGAAACCAGAAAACGUCUCCUUCGCCUUACCAGUCCAUGCAGUCAUACUGAACAUGUCGGUGGAUAAAUGUGUGGAUUUCUGUACCGAAAAGGAGUACUCGCUGGCGGUGCUGGCGGGCCAGAGCUGCCGCUGCGGCUUCCCCACGCCUCUCUUCUCCCUCCACGAGCGCGAGGACGAGGAGCUCUGCCUGCAGCGCUGCGCGGGGGAGGAGUUCGAGGGCUGCGGCACCGCGGACUAUUUCGUGGUGUAUCAGACGCAGGCCCAAGAUAACCGGUGCAUGGACAGACGCUUCCUGCCCACCCGAUCCAAGCAGCUCAUUGCUCUGGCUAGUUUCCCUGGGGCAGGCAACACCUGGGCCAGACACCUGAUAGAGCUGGCCACUGGUUUCUACACUGGGAGCUACUACUUUGAUGGGUCCCUCUACAACAAAGGUUUUAAGGGGGAACGAGAUCACUGGAGGAGUGGAAGGACGAUCUGCAUUAAAACCCAUGAGAGCGGCCAGAAGGAAAUCGAGGCCUUUGACUCCAGCAUCCUGAUGAUACGCAACCCUUACAAAGCGCUGAUGGCGGAGUUCAACCGGAAAUAUGGCGGCCAUAUUGGAUUUGCCUCCCAGGCCCACUGGAAAGGGAAAGAGUGGCCAGAAUUUGUGAAAAAUUACGCCCCAUGGUGGGCUUCCCAUACUUUAGAUUGGUUGAAGUAUGGGAAAAACGUGCACGUGGUCCACUUUGAAGACCUCAAGAAGGCCCUCUUCAACCAGCUGAAGGGGAUGGUGACUUUCCUGGGACUGGAGGUGUCUGAGGACCGGCUGCUAUGUGUGGAAGGACAGAAAGAUGGCAACUUCAAGCGCUCGGGGCUACGCAAGCUGGAGUACGACCCCUACACCCCAGAGAUGAAGAACCUGAUCAACGGUUUCAUCAAGACUGUCGAUGCGGCCCUGAAGGAGAGGCGGCUGCCCAGAGUGCCGGAGGACUACCGCCCGAGAUGAUACAGCACCGUCUUUCGCUCUCCACCCGACUUCUUCACGAAGAAAGCUUAAUAGGUGGACACACUUCAAAAUACUGAUACGCUAAUAAUGAACUGUUGUUACAAGUUUGCAAUACCAGUAACAUGCAGCUAACACCAUGGUCUAUGAAGGGGAAAUGAUGGUUAAGAACAGGAAGCACUUUUUCUCAUGUUAGGUCCUUGAGGCUCACUUAUAGCACAGGACAAGCUGCUGGCAUGCUUUAGGCCUUGCGACCAUAUUCUGCCUAUAUUUCCCUUUCAAACUACUUCUCAGUGCCCUAGCAACUGACGUUGUAAUCUGUCAAGAGCAGACACCCAGCCUGCUCCACGUAACAAUUUAGAAUUAAUAAGCAAUGCAGAGGACGAAUAAAAAAUAAACAACAUUUUGAAUUAUUGAAUACAUUUAAAAAUGAAGAUCAUAAAUACAAUGGCCACUUGGGCUCAAGAUAGAGACGUGCUGUAGGUAGAAAUCAGUGGGACUCAGUUAAGGAUGAAACCACUAUUUCUCUGUACUAGCUAUUCCAUCAUUUUUUAAUAUUGUCAUGUGAUGGUGUUUCUCAAAAUAGUCAUGUUGUUGCCCAGUGUAACAGUGUUACACUAUGACGUAUAAUUCCAGCACACUGACUCCUAUAAUUGAGGAUACAAAAACAUAUAGUAGAAAAAAUAUGAGAAGAGUUGGCUUUUGACAAGUCUAGCACCUGGAUUUAAUGAUCCAAGAAUCCCAAUCAAACAAUUUAUUUUAAUCCCUUACUGUAGCAUUGAUAUAUUGAUAUCGAUUAUAGCAUUGAUUAAAGCCUCCUACUGUAUAUCCCACUGUGCAGCAGUGUCAGUAAAGAACUCCAUACCAAUCAGUUAAGUGAUCUCACAACAUUGCACAAAGGAUGUAACGUCAACAUUUAAUUCCUCCUCAGAGUGUCAGGUUGUGUUAAGAUCAUGCCUUAAGUAUUAGAAAUCUGUAACUACUCUAAUGUUAUUAAAGUAUCAGUAUUUGGAAGUAUGUCCACAUGACAAUUUAUGGCUGAUUUAAUUCCAGCUGAAGUUUUUUUUCCACUCAGUGGGUGGAAAAUAGAAAAAAAAAGUUAUUUGAAUAUAUAUAUAUGUUUCUGUGCUGCUAUUACCCAUACAUAGAACAUAUUUGCUCUUUUCUAAAUAUAUAUUUAAAAUAUUCUGAAUACAAACUAAAGUAUGUACACAGACCAUUUACUGUACGCUUUCCGAUUGCAAAAUUCAACAUACUGUACAUGUCUUAUGAAAUAGAUCAGGCAAUGAUACACUGUUAAAUUGGUCAAAUUCAUGGUAAAAAUGGUACUUUCCCAAAUAUACUUAUUUUCCACAAUAUGUAUGUUUUCAGUAUGGGUAGCUCACUUUCAAUUGGAUCCAUUACCAGUCUGUGACUAAGGUACAGACUGUGAGUAAGAGAAAGGUAUGAAGCAAGACUUUCUGGACGGCUGAGUGGGUGACUAAGUCAUACUGACACAUUUCUGCUCUGCUUCCUUCUCUUUCAAAGAACAGUAAGAUUAGCAAACAUAGUUCGCUAAGAAAAAAUAUUUUUUCCACUAUUGCUUUUACUUCUAUAACAGUGAUUACAUCACAAUACAUCCCACUCUCUCAUCACCAUUUUUAUACCAAUGUAUCCACCUUACCAAUGGUGGUGGAGGGGAGUCCCCA